AUGGCCUUCCCACAGAAGCUGCUCAUCACUAUGCCUGCAGGAGGAGGUCGCCUCGGGGGCACACUUUGGGCUUUCAUCUUCUUGGGUAUUCUGGCUGGCAUGCUGGUGCCCUGGCCACUAGUGGGUGGCCUGGCCAACCCCGUGCUCCUGGAGAGGGGCUGGGGCACGCUGCUGGGGUCCCAGCCCCAGGCUGGAUUGCCUGGUGGGCUGUCCCACAGUAACUGGGAGAAUGGCUACUUGCUGGGGAUCAAGAGACAGAGGAGACUGUACUGCAACGUGGGCAUUGGCUUUCACCUCCAGGUGCCCCCGGAUGGCAGGAUCAGCGGGACCCAUGAUGAGAAUCCCUACAGUCUGUUGGAAAUUUCAACAGUGGAUCGAGGUGUCGUAAGUCUGUUUGGGGUGAGGAGUUCUCUUUUUGUGGCCAUGAACAGUAAAGGAAGAUUGUAUGGGACGCCCAGUUUUCAAGAGGAGUGCAAAUUCCGAGAAACUCUCCUUCCCAACAACUACAAUGCCUACGAAUCAGACCUGUACCGAGGGACCUACAUCGCUCUAAGCAAGCAUGGACGAAUAAAACGUGGCAAUAAAGUGUCCCCAGCCAUGACUGUCACUCAUUUCCUGCCCCGGAUGUGAAGAAACCAGGAAGAAGGUUCACCUGGAGAAGACAACAACUUCUCUAUUUGAAUUUUGCACAAAUGAAAAGCCUCCCUUUCCCCAUCUUUACCCCCAUGGAUGUCCUUUGAAUCAAGUGUUUUUAGUGUUUAUGGAUAUGUGUGUAUCAGAAAAUUGACCAGGCCUUCUUAACAACAUUUACUGGGCUCCUUCCACCCCAAUUCAGAUGGUUUUCCUGGUGCUUCCUAGAAAUGUCAUCCUCUAGACCCAGGAGGAGUGUCCCCAACUCCUAGCAUGGCAACGGAGCCUUUGCUAUGAUCUUACACUGUGACAGAAGGUAUAGAUGUCUGCCAUGGGAUACAAGUACACACAUGGGGGUGUGUAUUUGUGUGCGCAUGUUUAUACAUACAUAUAUCUCCUUCUAUGUACAGAACAGAAGCAUUUCAAGGCAUUGAAUUUCAUUUCUCCUGACUUCAUGGCUACAGGAAUCUGCCCACAAGUAUGUCACUUGUCAAACAGUCAGGAUUGAUGGAUUCGGUCUCUUUUCUCAACUCUCCAGUCACAGACCAGUGACUUCACAGCAAGCAGGAGCAGCUGUCCUGUGCACCCAUGGAAUACAUGGCAAGAGAUUUCAGCUAUGAACAGGAGUGGUGAUUAGACACGCAAAGAUUCUUGACUCUCAGGCACUGGAAUGCAUUGCCAAGGGAAACUGGGGGUAUCUCCUUAAGAAUAAAAUGGGGAGAACAGCUGCCUAGAAUGGUUGAAACAGACCUGCAUGGAGGCAAUGUGGGUGAACUGGAUGAUCUAAGGAGGUCCCUUUCACUGGGAGGGUCCUCUUCAAAAUAAAGGCAGUGAUAAGACUGCCUGUCCAUAAUUCUUCUUUGUGUUGAACCAUAUCAUUUGAACCCAAGAAGGCAAGAAGCUGCAUAUGAUAGCCUUCUUUGAAGGGACAAAGAAAGGAAUGGGGGAAAAAAUUAGUUGUGUUUCAGAACACAGGUGGUAAACCCUACCAGUAGCACCAAUCUCUGGAGCCAUUUGCCUGGAGCUGGCAGAAAGGACCUGUAGAGGUCUACUCCUCCCACAUAGUCCAAGGGUUAUGCUAAUUCUGUGAAAAAAGAGCUGCUGACAUCAACCAAGCAUUAGGAGAACCCUUGACUGCUAAAUUCCAUGACACCCCCUGCCCUUUGAAGUGGAGGCCCCCAGGUCAACUAUAAAUACUGACUCUCUGCCUUCAGAUUCCUGCCCUGCUGGAACACUCCUAAAUCUAAAACCAGAUUGAGCCAUGUCAGAGUACAAAACAUUCUCAGCAUAUGUGAAGCAGAAAAUGACAGAAAGACCUGACAUCCUACCCUGCCACCAUUUUCUUGGUCCCCUUGACUGCAAGACAAUCCCUCAUCUGUUGCAAAUACCUUCAACCUCAGCAUAUCUCUCUAUUUGCAGAUGCGCCCAUCUAUAAAUAGACCUGAGCACUGGGUAUGUGGACCAAAGAUGGCUCUACAGGACCCAAAGGCAAGAAAAUAUGCUAGUUGUGGCCCUGUCUGUCAAAUUCCAAAGGCAACCAUGUGUUUAGAGUGCUUGGAGGCAAGGAUCUGGGUGAGGUGACUUCUGGAGACAUCUUCCAGAUUAUUGAGUCAACAAUGGUAGAAAGCAUCUUUAUUAGACAUCCCAAGAUGUGACUUCAGAAUCUGGGGUUCAAGAAGCAUUGGAAUUCUAGCUAAAAGAAUGGCAACAGAAUGCCAGAUGGAAAGGUGAUAGAUCAUCACAAUCAGGGAAAGAGGCAGGGUAGAUAAGUCAGAAGGUCAUUUCCUCUCUUCUCAUCUCUUUGCACAAACUUGGCUUUACUGGAAGGAAACUCCAGAGAGUUCCACAAGGGCCAAGGUUACUGCUGUAUCCUCUUGAAUACAUAUUGGAUGACUCAAAUCCUGACUGGGAGCUACUUCAGAUAUCAACUUCCCUUUCCCAACUAGGAGUGAAUAGAAAAUGAGGCCAAUGAAAAAUGUACUGUAUUUCAGUGGCUGAUUGGGUUUCUCUACCCAGGUACAAGUCAGGUAGAAGUUAAUUUAGACCCAACAGUCAACCUUUGAUUAGCUGUGGGAUUUUAAAUAAGUGAAAUUGGAAAAUUAUUCAACCACCUUUUAAUAGUCAAAAGUUUUCCCCCCAACUGAUUGAAUUUAGUAAAAUGGACAGCUUGAAUUUCAUCCCCUCUUCUUUGCUCUGCCUUCUUUCUGGUGAAGGGGGAGAAGUGAUGACUAAGAUAAAGAAGAAAAGCAAGAAACCCAAGUAAUUCAUAAAUUGGAAAUCUUCACUCUUUGAAAUCGAAUAUUGAUUUGGGGUCAUCAUGCUCUGACUCUCAUUGAACAUCAUUGAAGAAGCAUAAGAAUGGGAAACCCAGGAAUGGAUCAGAGGUGCCUUCCUCUCUCAUACCGAUCUGUUCUUUAUAAUAUUGUGCUAAUUCCAUCCUAGCUGGUCCCACAGAACCAAUGUAGUUGUUGAGAAAACUGACUGUCAUGAGAAAGAAAAGCCAAGAAUGACUUUCCCUCCCCAUCCAAAAGUCCAAUCACUUAAGGAAGCUGAGUGAUUUAAACUAGUUCUUUCCUAAGUUCUCAAGCAAUCUUCCAGACUCCUGAAAGCCAGGUUCAGUUGGUGUCUUUUCUACCCUAUAUCUUCUCUGGCAGAUCCAACUCCAGCCAUUGGACAGGAAGGUGGCAUUAUUGCCUCUCUAGGCUCACAAGUCCAGUCAUAAAGAUCAAGCCCAUCCUGAUGAAUGGUCCUGAGAGAAGAUACACAUUUUUCCUUAGCUGGGGAGGUUAUUAAUCUUACAAGAUGACCCAAGAACUGCUUUUGUGAAGAUACCCUUUGAGAGUACCAAAUGACUUUUCUACCUUUUAAAAAUUAUAUCUUAGUCAUAUUUUAUACACACAUACACACCUCCUUCUCAAUAUCCCCCAUAAUCUCCUUUACCUUUUUAUAUGUUUCCUUUUGUAGAAUCUCUCUUAAAAACUUUUUUAAAAAAUCACAAAGUCAUUAUCCUGCCUCAUCUCCCAUCCUUUGCAAUUUAUCUAGGAUUGUGUUCUAAGAUAAUUUCUUAUUUUUUUCAGGUCAUUAUAUUAUUAUGUUAAGGAUAGAUGACUUACUAUUCUUACAUCCAGAAAGUCAAGAUGCUGGACAAAUUCCCCUUUGGAGGCAGUCCUACCACUGUCUUAUAGCAUCUAUUUUUCAUGAUGGCUUAUGACAAACUUGGUUGCACUGGAUGUAAGAUCCUUCAAAGAUUCAUGUACCUCUACCCCGACUCCCUCCUAAGAUAUGCACUAAUGUCUAAAUUCUGUCUUCUUUGUUUAUCUUGGACCCCAGCUCCAGCUGCUUUUGCAAACCAAUCUUCCAGGCUCUGUUUCUGGCCUUUAAGACCUUGGGAUGUCAACCUAUUCACCUGUUCUCAAAGGUCUUUUGUCCUUUUACCCAUGGACUCAGAUGCUAGUUUCCAUGCAUCUUUCCAUCUUCCUGGAAACAUCUUCCUCUAGGACUCUAGGCAGUGAGUUCCUGCAGAAGUGUUUCCUACCCCCAUCAAGUGAUUUAGGACCAUUUGAUGAUCCCCUCUUCCCAAGAGAAACCCAAGAGAAAAGUGUAGGAAAGUGAGUAGGGGAUGGAAAAAACUCAACAAACCAGGUCAGUCUCCCUGAUACUUAAGUCAUUCAGCAAUGUCUAGGUAUACUGGUGUAUUCCUGUCAUCCCCUAAGGAGUGGAAAUGCCUCCUUGCCCUAUGAGUGAGUCAAGCUUCUAAAAGGAAGAAGAAAGAGAGGUUAGGAGUUGCUUGACAUUAUGUUGCAAAUAUCAAGUGUCCCAGUAUGCUCUCUAUCCCCUCCAGUUGUGUGAAUCAGAGGCCAGAUGAAGUGCAGACACCUUAAACGAGCUCUGUACAUCUCAUCACCUUUAUACUCUGAAAGUUAAGUGAUCUCAUUGGGAUGGGCAUUGCCUCCAUUGGUGCCCAUGAUAACCAACCUAUCCCUUCUCAUUCUCAUUCAUUUUUUUUCUGAAAUCAAAAAUUUCACAUGACACAAUUAAAUAUAUUUCCCUCAUUAGAGGAAAUUUGAAACAUAUAUAAAUUAUGCAUUACAAUUAGCUCCCUCCAUUCAGAUAUAUUCUUUGCCAUUUCAUACAUCUUUGGUAGUGGAUCUACCCAACUUGAGCAUGACAUCAUUAGUCAUGUCCUCCAGUCUGCUUCCCCCUACCAUUCUUUUUUCCUUUGCCCCUUUGGGUCACUUCAGAGCCACCUAGCAUGACUGGUAAAAAUAAUGGUGCUAAAAAGAUAUGCUUUUGUUGCAGCAAGCAUCUUGACAAUCUGAUUCUGCCCAUUUUCCUCCUCCUAUUCAAUUCUGGGUCCUCCUCAUUUGCCCACAUGCAGCACCUGUCCAAGAUAUACCUCAUUGAACAAUCGCAUUUUCGGCGUUCCUUCUUGCACAAAGCUGGACAGUGUUGCAUCCUGCCAUUGUUUUCUCUUCCUGUAAGUUAAGAUAUACCUCGUGGCAGGCUAGAGGUUUGUACAACAGGUCAGAAAACAGGAGCUGAUCAGCCAAUGUUACUAAGAGAUGUGAAGCUUCUGUAUUGUUUUGAAUGUAUGUGCUGUGCACAAACCAUUUCAUGUACCAAUGGAAAAAGCGGUCUUUUUAUACAUUUCUCUAAGCUGUUUUGAUCCCCAACUUUUCCUUCCCAUCUCCAUCCCAUAUCUUUCCUAAUUCUGUCUUCCCCUUCCCCCCACCCAUUAAAACUAAUGACAUGUCUUUGGGGUGUGAUCGUAUCUUUCCUUCAAGAAGUAUGAGCUUGUCUCACCACUACAUCUCUAAAGG